AUGGCAGAAGUCGCACCAGCACCCGCCGCCGCCGCGCCGGCCAAGGCACCCAAGAAGAAGGCAGCAGCCAAGCCCAAGAAAGCGGGACCCAGCGUAGGCGAGCUCAUCGUCAAGGCGGUGUCCGCCUCCAAGGAGAGGAGCGGCGUGUCCCUGGCCGCGCUCAAGAAGUCUCUGGCGGCAGGCGGCUACGACGUGGAGAAGAACAACUCCCGUGUCAAGAUCGCCGUCAAGAGCCUCGUCACCAAGGCUCAACAAGAAGGCCGUCGAGGCAAAGAAGCCCGCCAAGAAAGCCGCAGCCCCAAAGCUAAGAAGGUGGCCGCCAAGAAGCCCGCCGCCGCCAAGAAGCCCAAGAAGGUAGCAGCCAAGAAGGCCGUGGCCGCAAAGAAGUCCCCCAAGAAGGCCAAGAAGCCCGCUACACCCAAAAAGGCCGCCAAGAGCCCAAAGAAGGUGAAGAAGCCCGCCGCAGCGGCCAAGAAAGCGGCCAAGAGCCCCAAGAAGGCUACCAAGGCAGCGAAGCCCAAAGCCGCCAAGCCCAAGGCGGCCAAGGCCAAGAAGGCAGCCCCCAAGAAGAAGUAA